AUGGCUUCCACGACAUCAUUAGCUUUGUCAGCUCAAGAAGGCGAGACAGAGGCUGAUCCAGUGGGUGAGUUUGAUCAUGACGAGGACGUGGAUGCUAUCAAGGAAGCGAGAAAAGCAAAGGACCGAAUCAAGACUCAGAACAAUAAGAAUCACGUUGUCGCCGCUGGGAAGGGUCCCAAAGUCAACAAAAAAUCGGUCACCGUGAAGCUUGAGCUGGCAAACGCUGCAUGGAAGUUCGAAGAUCUUCCCCUUCCUUCCACCGCUGAUAUCAAACUUUUCAAGACCAAUGUUAUCGUUCCGAUACUCGAUUGGGCAGCGACGCUUGAGGACCAGUUCAGUGCUAACAGCCACUCUGACUUGAAACCCACCGUAGUUCUGUUAUGGACUAAUACCUUCGGUCACCUUCCAAGGCAUCUUGAUGAAGCAAAGAAGGAGCUUCGAGUUGACCAUCCUGCAAUCAUGGGAGUCGUUCAAAUUCAAAUCCGAACACAUCGCAGUGAACUGGGAAAAGUGGCCAUGGCAGCCAUAUCUAGGAAUUGGAAACAUCCGGAGCUCAAGGGGUGCAAAACAGCUGAACAGCAAGCAGAGUGGGUGCGGAAUGCUUCAAAGAAUAAAUGGUUUGUAUAUGAUAAACCUGAAAACACGGCAGCAGAAGGACAUGGAGCAUAUCUGGGACGACUCCUCAUUCAGACAAUGGCCUACUAUAUCCAUCGUACAAUCUCCACACCAACCACUUUUGGUCCUCCGGCUGGGGCUCUGGCUCUUGCAGCAGCAGCAAUUAAACGUGCGCUUCAGGUGUGGAAGAAAGGUGUCAACUCUCUCGCAGGCAAACAGUCCAAGAAUUCGCUGGAUAGUUUUGGUGAAGAACCAUGGGUGACAGUCGUCAAACAACACUACAAAAACACGAGCGUAUUGUCCAAGGAUAAGUGGAACGAGAUUUAUCUUCGCUGCCAGGAAUUCAGCACUGGUGGUAAGGGCGACAACGGUGAGGAUUCAGAUGAUGAAGAGGAAGAUGAGAGCAAGGACGUGGAUCUUUCGGAUUGA